AUGAGCAGGGGAAGGCUGAGGUUUAUUCAUUCGCCGAUGUUUGCAGGAAAGACAGCCAACAUGCUUCUGGCAGCCAAGCAUGCCAAGACCUGUGGAAAGGUGGUUUUAUUGAUGAAGCCGCAAGCAGAUACCAGAUGCAAGGUAGACGUAAUAAAGUCAAGGUGUGGAAUGGAGAUGUGUUGUGACCUUAGUGUUGGAAGCGAGUUUGAUUUUGUAAAGGAUGUUUGCUACGAGGGAGUUGAUAUUGUGUUUGUUGACGAAGCACAGUUUUUGAGCUCUUGGCAGAUCGAGAGUCUACGAGAGGCUGUUGAUGUGCAUGGGAUAUCUGUUUGGUGCUAUGGGCUUCUAACGGACUUUAAGAAAUGUUUGUUUGAUGGAUCGAAGCGCCUUGUUGAGCUAAGCGACGAGCUGAGCGAGAUACAGGUGCUAUGUGGAAUGUGCAAGGAAAAUGCCAGGUUCCACCUGAGAUAUGUAGACGGCAAGCCUAGCACAAGCGGGCCGACGAUUGAUAUUGAGAUGCCUGGGUGUGAGAAGUAUGCAUCUGUAUGCCAUGCAUGCUGGAAAAGAAGAAUGGAGCCGGUGAUGAAUGGCGGUUACGAAACACCCAAUUUUGAAGUGGUUGCAAUAGACAUUCAGCAGAAAUAA